CAGAGAAGAAAUAUCGAAAAUUGCUGUGAAAGGGGAAAUCGAUUUGGGAAAGGGAAAAUUCGCAACAUCGGAGUUUGGAUCUCAUUACUAAGGUAUUAUGGAUCUGUCAUAUUCAUCUUCUUCUUCUUUAUCUGCUAAGAAAAAACCUAAAUCUGAUUUACCCGACGAUUUGAUUUUAGGAGAAAUCAUUUCUAGGUUAUCAGUAACAGAUGUGUUAGAAUGUAAAAUGGUUUCGAAGUAUUGGUUUUCUACUAUUAAUGGUAAGGAUUUUGCAGAGAAACAUCUAUUUCAUCAAUUAUUACAAUUUCAACAUUUUACUCUGGAAAAAUAUUACCCUUCUUCUUCUACUGAUAAUGAUGAAGAGAAUAAGGAUAGUCCUAAGAUUGGGUUCCUAGUAGGUCUUCUAAGAACACCAGAAGAAGAAGUAUAUUCAAUGGUAUAUAAAGAGUUAAAAGAUGGAGUGAUUUCUACUAAUAGAAUUAAACAUUAUGAUUUAGAAAUGCUUGAUAUGUUAAUUGGUAGUUGCAAUGGCUUAAUAUGCAUACUUAGAAACGUUUGUUACAAGGAAGUAUUGUAUGUAUGCAAUCCUGUUACUAGAGAGUGUGUUUAUCUUCCGGAAAAUGAAUCACCCGAGUUGACAAGCUGUUUGGUGUCUGGAUUUGGUUAUGAUUCGACUGCUAAUGAGUAUAAGGUUGUUCGGAUUGCUUAUUCUAAAACGGAAAACAAUGAACAAUCUAUUGGGCAAGUUCAGGUCUACACUCUUGGUAGUGGUAGUGGUUGGGUAAACAAGGAGACUAUUACUCAUGCACUUGUAUUUUCACAACCUGGUGCAUUUUUAGACGGAGCCCUUCAUUGGCUGGAUAAGGAAGGAGUAGUAUGGGGUUUCAGUUUGGAAAGUGAAAAGUUUCAUAUGGUUACAAAAUCAGAUUACAUUGCAGAUGGAGAGACUUAUGAAAGCCGCCAGGAGUUGGUAGUAUUGGGAGGCUGGUUAUGUGUUCUUAAAUUUUAUCUUGAUAGUGUGGAGCUAUGGUCAUUUAAGAAAACCGAAGAAAAACAGGUUCUAAGGAGUUGGAUUGAAGAGUUCUGUAUUGAAAAAGAGAAUGUUUUUUUCACAUCUUUUGCUCUUACAGAUGUUGGCCAAUUUCUUUGUUUGUGGAGUCGUGAAGUUAUUUGUCUCUUUGAUGAAGAUGCAGAACAUAUGGAUGUGCUGGAAGAUACUCCUCCAAUGUACUAUCCAAUCUUACACGUGAAUAGCUUCAUCUCAUUGAAGGGUACGAGGGAAAAUGUCAUACAGAUGAUUGAAUUUGCUUAAAGAUCAGAGGAGGACAUAUCAGAGUCAGUAGUAUAUGAAGGGAAUCCUAUGUAGGUAAGUAUUAUUAACUUCAAUGUAUAUGAUGAAAAUCAGUACCCUAACUAGUAUUCUAUUUUUUAUGUUAUGAGUAUAAGAUAACUGAAACUUCCUUUUAUGUUCCAAACUAAAAUUCACAUUGCUCUCAGCUUGUGUCAGAGAAAAGCUUUAACAUAACUUUUCCUGCA